AAAACUUCCUACAAAUUUAAAAUAAAAUUUUAUUUUUAUAAUUAUAUAUAGUUAAAAACUCUACUGUAUUUUCCAAUAUUUUCAACCCAAAAAAAAAAAAAUAAAUAAACAAACGAUACCCAUUAUUAAAUUAAUACAAUUUAUUUGCAACUCCAAAUACUCCAUAUUAAAUUAUUAGCAAUCAUUAUAUGAUAUGACCCACAUGGGUGAGUGAGUGAGUGCGAGCGUGCGUGUAAGCGAUAGUCGUCGUCACCGUCACCAGCAAGUCAGCAACCAAACUACCAACAGAGAAGCCAUUGCCGCUAAAAUCUAAGAGUGCCUAAUCAACAGACACAAUCAGAAGAAAAAGCGGGAACCCAAUUUUUCAAACCCUACAAAAAGUACACCCAUUACUUUCUCUCUCUAAACUUUUCAGUGUACUUUCAAAUCGAUGGCCAAACACCAAAAAGAAGACCCUCGUCCCCCUCCUCCUCCAAUCAUCAACACUUUCCAGAAAGAAAAGGAAGAGAAAGAUUUCGAUCUCGGAUCUGACGAACCUGAGGCUCCAUUGCCUCUCACAGCUACUUCCCGGGUGUUGUAUAUGUUGGGGGACAUUUGGGCAGGUCCAGCAUAUCGAUUCACACAAUGGUUGGAAUUGGUUCGUAAACGCAGUGGGAGCUAUCGCUCCUCGGGCUUCCCACGGCGACCUCACAAAGGGGAUACUGUUCCCAUGAGUGCAGGAGAAUCACUUCUUGAAUCAAAAGGUUCUCUGCCUUCUGAGCAAGCUACAGAAAUCAGUUUGUGGGAAAGACUUGGUAAAGCUUCUAUGUUGGAUGUUGAGUCAAGUUCCUUUCCAUGGGACAUGCUUUCUUCACUCCACCACACUGAACACGGUAGUAGCACUGAACAGUCAGAGGAUGAUAUGAAUAAGCCCUUAGAGGUCACUGUGAAUUCUGGGGGAGUUGUCUUUUUUGCCCUGUUCAACCAACCUGGGAGUGAUGAAACAUCCCCCAAGGAAGCAGCAGCUGUUAUUAAGAUAUCAUCUUCAAGGAUGGCCACACAGUCAGAACGUCUUGGCUAUGAAUUUGCAAAGUGGCUAGGAGUCCAAACUCCACAAGUUGUACCUUAUUACUUCAGCCGUUACUUGAUUUUUACUCUUUGGCCAAAAAAACUGACCUUGCAAAUAUUUUGCUUGAAAGCAUUUCAGGCCAGAGUCAUUCACAAUUCUAGUCCAGAGUGGUUGCAGAUCAAGGAAGCAGCAGAAAAAGCGAAAGAUGCAGCAAUUGCAGAAGGAGAUGAAGUUGGUGAAGUGACAUGUGCAGAACUUUCGGAAGCUCUUGACCUAAGCCGAUGUCUUUUUCUGAUGAAUUAUGUACAUGGAUCUCCUUUAUUGGAAAGCUCAACUGGAUUCGAUUCACAAGAAGUUGCAGAAAAGAUGGCAGCUGCGGUUGGCAGGAUCUUGAUGUUGGACCUUGUCAUCAGAAAUGAAGAUAGGCUUCCUUACCGUCAGCUCAGAUGGCGUGGAAAUUCUGCAAAUUUAUUGUUUGCUGACAAAAUGGCGUCCACAAAUAUGGAUGCAUUGGAGGAAGCCUUUGAUUCUGCCAUCAAGCGGUAUAGACCUAGGGUAAUUCGGGCUCUGCAGAAAGAAAGAAGGUCAAUUUCAUUAUAUAGCAGAUCGAGCUCUGCUAAUUCAGAAUUAGUUUCUCAGAGCUCUGGUCUUUCUGAUGCUCGGGAGUCACCAAAAUGCAAUGAUAUAAGCCUGAAAAGUCCCACUUCGAUAAAAUCAGAAGUUUCUGAUUUUCAUAUUGUGGCUAUUGAUUCUGUUGUUCCUCGCCGACCUCCAGCAGGAAAACGUGCAAAUGACCAAGCCAAUUAUCCUAAGCUGGUGGAGCUCCUCUUAAACAGUUCCAAGUUCUCGUCAAAUUUGCUACAUGAGAUAACCGGAGGGAAAUUGGGAUCUUCACCAGAAGAUGCUGAUUCAACAAGUCAUCUGUGUUUAACUGACAUGACUUCAGUUGUUCAUGAAUUCCGAAAUGGGUUCCGUGCAGCUCUAAGGGACUUGCAGGGAUUUCAUAUAUUCUUACUCACGCUUAAUCAAAAAUUGGAUAGCCUAUUGCGAGCACUUCUGAAUAUUAUAGACAGAUCUUCUGGUGAUAUUGACAAAGAAGAUUUGAUGGUUCAUAAGUCACUGUCACAGGCUGCAGGGAUUGGUAUUCACUGUCCUUCACCAAGUAAGGAAAGGGCUAUGCCUGAUAACCAUCCAGAUUUGAAUGAUCCAGAUCUUCAAAGAACAGGUCCGAGGUCAUCAUCUUCAGGAUGCAAAGUGAGCUCAGACUCUAGUUCUCCAAACUUACGAGAUGCUUUGCAUGGAAAGCUAAAUAAAGGCGGUGGGGAACCCAUGAAUAGCCUGUAUUUGACAUCAAAGCUACGUGAUUUCCACAAAUUUGCUAAGGUUGAUGUGGAACUAAACAAGGAACUGGAGCAAUGGAACGAAGUUCUUAGAAACGAUGCAGUUAAAUUAUGCCAGGAUAACAAUUUUAAUACUGGUUUCUUUGAAUGUGGUGGUAAUAAUAGCUUUAUUGAUGCGUAUGAGUUGAAGGUCAGACUUGAACACAUCCUCGAGAGAAUAGCAUUGAUAUCUGAUGCUGCAAAUACUGAGAGGCCAUCAUCAAUUUUGAGUAGCCUCUUUAUUGGUGGGGCUCUAGCUGCAAGAUCCAUAAACACAUUGCAACAUUUAGGAAUAACACAUAUAUUGUGCUUGUGCUCUAAUGAAAUUGGGCAGUCAGAUUCUCAGUAUCCUGAGUUAUUUGGGUACAAGAAUUUUUCUAUAUGUGAUAACGAAGAUGCUAACAUCAGCAAUAUCUUUGAAGAAGCACAUGAUUUUAUUUAUCAUGUUGAAGAAACAGGCGGAAAGGUUCUGGUGCAUUGCUUUGAAGGCAGAAGUAGAAGUGCAACAAUAGUUAUUGCUUACUUAAUGCUCAGGAAGAAUUUAACUUUAUUGGAAGCUUGGAAUACCGUAAAACGAGUUCACCGCCGAGCGCAGCCCAACGAUGGGUUUGCAAGGAUUCUUUUGGGCUUUGAUCUGAAGUUGCACGGGAAGGUUUCCAUGGAAUGGCAGCAACGGAGACCAAUGAUGAAAGUUUGUCCCAUCUGCGGAAAGAAUGCUGGUUUGAGCAGCAGCUCACUGAAGCUUCAUUUGCAGAAAGCACACAAGAAGCUAUCUUCAGGCAGCGUGGACAGUGCCAUGACGAUGGAAAUACAAAAGGCUUUAAGCGCACUCAAGUUGAGUCGAGGUGGAAGUGUCAGCCCUACACCAAGUCAAUCUUCUUCACUGAUGGAUGAGUAAGAUUACUAAGCUCCUUUUGUCUGUGUAGAAGUUGGAAACUCCAUCAUUGCUUGAUUUGAUCCGGGAUCAAAAUCUCAACUUCUCAACUUAGCAGAUGUUGGAAAACUUCGAUAUGCUGGUCAUUCGUGUAAAUGUCCAUAGAAAUGUCUCUCGGGUCUGCUCUCUCUGAACUUUGAUGGUUUCGUUUUAAAACGUUUUAGCCAAACAGGGCUUUAUUUAUUUGGUUACUGUUAAAUGAUUUUGAAUGAAGAUGCUAUUGCUUACAGAAA